AUGGGCGCUGGAGACGCACACAGUGGGACGAAAGAUGGUGUGCAGGAUACAGACCAAAUGCGCGAUGCGCACGGCAUGAAAAAUGAUGUCGUCGAUAAAGAGUCAAAUAAAGGCGCAGAAGGGGAUGUGCAGAAGAAGGAUGAGGAAGUGAAAGUAGAAGAGGAAACACCCAAAAAUACGACGCCGCGUAUUCCGGUCAUUGAUCGCAUUAAUCGCAUACGCCAAGAGAUGUCGUUUGCGGUGGUAUUGCGUGAACGACUAAAAUUUACUGCUUAUGACAUGUGCAAAGUGACUUUGUUCCAGAUUAGUUCUCCGAGCGACGCGAUACUCUCACCGUGUACAAAGAAAUUAACUGGACGACGCAUGUUUCGUGAUCUUUUAUCGCGUAGACAGCUUUCAUCAUUCGUUGGGGGCAAGCUGGACACUGGUGAAGGAGCCCGUGCUGGCAGAUUGGAGGCCGAGGAACCAGCAGAUGUGAGUGUUGAAUGCGAGGCAUCCGAUGACGAGAAAUGGGACGUGAAUAAUACCAGUUAUGAUUGA